UCGCAGCCAUCCUUUUCUCCAGCUUCUAAAAAAACUUCCAGAUCUGAGAGCCCCCUAGACUAAGACGUCUUCUGUUCCUUCCAGCCCCCCAUCCGAUUGGGGGUCUGCAUCCCUAGGAGGCCCCCGCCCCGUGGCAUGAGCCAAAAUGACUGACAACUCAGACUCCCGGGAGUCGGACAACAACAGCUGGGUGAUUGCUGGCUCUGAGGCUCUACCUGUAGAAGACCUUGGCUUGGAAACGCAGGCUGAGUCUGAGCUGGCCCAGGGAGAGGCACAAGCCCCUCUCGGCGAGAGCAAAACCCUCGUCGACCGCCCCGAUGCCGAUGGCGCCACUCAGAAGGGUCCUGAGGUGGUGGUGGGCCCCAGUUCUGAAGAAACCCCCACGCUAGUCAAGACCGCAGAGCCCGUCCUGUCACAUGCAAAGGAGGCCAGCACCCACGAGGCUGAGGAAGGAUCUGUGCCCAUCCCGCAGGGAACUGUCUUCAUCCACAAAGCAGGCCCUCUGGGGGAGGAGGAAGGGAACACUUCCAGCAGCGGGGAAGAGGCGUCCAAGGAGCGCGACGUCGAAGGCCUGCGCAGGCGGAAGGGUCGGGACGCGCCCCCCGUUCUGCCAGGGGCCGGCAGAGAUCGAGGCGCGGGGGCCUUCGAGGGCGACGACGGUGGCCUUCCCAGGACAAAAUGGCUGUUCGGGUUCCUUGCCCUCCUGGGUUUGGCCUUGCUGGCAUCCUUGGGGGUCAUAUUUGACCAAGAUGAUGGCCCAGUGGACAUUUUCAGCGCCUGGUCAAGCUCAGACAGCGAAGAGCCCCAUCCUGGCUCUGUUGGCGUGCAGGAUUGGCCGGCUUCACCCCCGCGGGAACCCCCGGUUGGCGACGAGCUUCAGAGUGCCAAAGAAGCGGUGAUGUCAUCAGACGGUGACCACCAGAGCCUGGACGCCAUGGGACUCUUGCUAGACAAGCUGGCCAAGGAGAAUCAAGACAUCCGGCUGAUGCAAGCGGAGCUGCAGGCGCAGAAGGAGGAACUGCAGCUGCUCCUGCGCAAGACGGAAGGCGAGGCGCUGGACUUCACCUCUCAGCGGCAGAAUUUGGCCGCCGAGAACUCCAGGCUGGCAGAGGCGCUGAAGCGGGAGACGGCCUCCCUCCUGGCCACACGAGCCGAGCUCCAUCUUUUGCGGGAGAAGCUGGCUGAGGCGGGCGACUCCAAAUCCCAGCCGCGCCCGGAAAAACUACCUGUGCAGGAACGCCAGCGAGAAAAGGCAGAGAGGCCCGAGGCCGAAAUCCGCCGCCUGCGCUCCUUGCUGGCGUCAGUGCAGCGUGACUUGGGGAGAGCCUUCCAGAAAGUUCCGCCUGGCAACGUGUCUGAAGGGCUCCGGAAGGAACUGGACGGCGUGGAGCGGAGGGUGGCCCAGGAGCUGGAGGGGGCGGAAGAGGGGGCCAAGCCGUCCUGGAAAGAAGGCCACAAAGCCAAGCGAGGGAAGGAGAGGGCUUGGCACAAGAGGCACGACAGCCAUGAGGAGCGCAGGCCCACACACCAUGGCGAAGGCCCGGAGAAGGAACAGCGUCCUCCACACAAGGCUCCCAAGAUGGCCAACGAUGGGCCGCACCGUCCCAGGAAGCACCAGGGGCCGCGAGAUGCCAAGCCGGCCAAAGACGGGGAGCACCGGAAGGCCAAGAAGCCCGCCGAGCCCGGUGCAUUGUGGGAAGCACUGGCCAAGCAUCCGUACCGGCCCCCUCAGGGCUGCGCCGGCGUUGGCGAGUGCGCCCGGCAGGAAGGGUUGGAGCCAGUGCAGAAGCCCCGCUUCUUGCUGAUGCUCCAGAGCUACCUGGCUGGGCUGGGCUGGGCCGAGCACUAUGGAGGACUAGUGGCCGCCCUAGACGGCUAUUUUGGGAGCGACGGUGCCUUCGCCCACGACCGCCUAAGCUUCGUGGAGCUCCUGGAUGAAGUCGAGGACGCGCUGGAGGAGCUGGCGGAACAGCUGGGGGGCAGCGAAGAGGAAGCGGAUAAUUUUGAAGAGGUGAUCCUGAGGCAGCUGGGGGCAGCCCCUGCGGGCAGAUUCACGCAGCGAGACAGCAGCACCCAGCGCCACCCGAAGGAGAGGAACCCCGAGGGGCACGGGCGCAAGAACGGCCGAGAGAGCACCAGCUGGCCCCAUGGCUAGGAUGUCGAGACCCUCCAGUACUAAUCUGGCUUGGGGUGGGGAGGGUAAAGGAGUUGGGCCUAUCAAGGAUUACUUGAUGUCCCGGUGGAGGGGUUGGUACCGUUUACUCCUUGGCAGGGAAGGAAAGUGUUUUAUCAACAUGCCAAGUUCUGAUGUGUGGGAUCACCCAGAUACAUUGUCCUCUCCCCCCCCCCACCAAGUCCACUCAGAGCCCUCCAUCCCAACCCACCCUACCCCAAGUUUGCUUCCACUCAGUAAUGGCCAUUAUUAGAGGUGUUUGGACGGUUGGGUUGUCGUCAGGAAAGCAAUCCUUUUUCACCCCAUGCCCCCUCCUGUUGAGAGAGAUCUUUGCUGGGGGUGGAUGAGGGUCUCUCUAUAGGGCCUUCCCACCCAGAUCCAGGGAGUCCUGGCUCACCUCUCUUUCGGCUCGGGAUAAGCAAUUGUGUCAAAGGGGAAAUGGUUUGGAACCCCAAAUUAGAAAUUCGAUGCUGUCGAGAUUUUGCUUCUCGGUACCGGACGCCAUUACCUUGCUGUUGUCCCUUCUAAACUCUGAAAUUCUCACGAAAUUCUCACCGCCCUCUUUAAUAAGGAAUGGCGAAAAUGGGGAAAUCAUUUCCUCACCUGGUGGGGGUGGAGAAGGGUUGAGUCACAUGGGGGGGGAGGCUCGUUUCCCUUCUUCCCCACCCCACAUUAACCCCCUCCCUACUCCCACACAAUUUCUUGCACUGUGAGUGUGUCGGAAACCAAAUAAAGGCAUUGAUUGUUCCUU